AUGCUAAAAUUUAAAUAUGCAACACCCCAUCCAGCAGAACUGGGCACAAUGGACUCUAUUGCCAGCCGUGCUUCUCGACUUAACCUGCUUCUUCAGGGGAAGUUCCCAUUUCUGGCACAACAGCAGAUGUCUCCGUUCUCAAGAGAAGGCAUUCUGGACUCCCUUCUGCUGCUGUACGAGGAAGGCAGCCGUUCUCUGCUGAGGAAAGCCAAACACGCAGGCGACUUCUUUAAAAAGCAUUCAGAUUCAAUCACGUCGUUCCGGGAACUUCAACCCAGCCCGAAAGACUUUGAAAUCCGGAAUCUGGUAGGAUGCGGCCGUUUUGCCGAAGUCCAGGUGGUGAAAGAAAAGGCAACUGGUGACAUUUACGCCAUGAAGGUGAUGAGCAAGGAGGCCCUGUUGGCCAAAGAGCAGGUAUUCUUUGAGGAAGAGAGAAAUAUUCUAUCACAGAAUGCCAGUCCUUGGAUUCCACGUCUUCACUAUGCAUUCCAGGAUAAAAAGAAUCUCUACUUGGUUAUGGAUUACGAGCCGGGAGGCGAUCUACUCUCAUUCUUAAACAGAUACGAGGAUCAACUGGAUGAAAGCACUGUAGAGUUUUAUCUAGCAGAAUUAGUUCUGGCCAUUCACAGCGUCCAUCAAAUGGGUUAUGUCCAUCGAGAUGUUAAGCCAGAGAAUAUCCUGCUUGACAGAACAGGACACAUCAAGUUGGUGGAUUUUGGGUCUGCUGCCAAAAUGACGGUGGAUAAAACGGUGGAUGCCAAGGUGCCCCCUGGCCCUCCUGACUACAUGGCCCCGGAAGUCCUCAGUGCUUUGAAUCACAGCAAAGCUUCCUAUGGACCAGAAUGUGACUGGUGGUCUGUAGGGGUGGUUGCUUAUGAAAUGAUCUACAGGAAAUCGCCGUUUGCUGAAGGGACCUCAACUAAAACGUCCAACAACAUCAUGAAUUUUCAGAGGUUCCUAAAAUUCCCGGAGGACGUCAAGGUUAGCCACGAAUGUCUUGACCUGCUGCAGAGUUUACUGUGUGGGCUGAAAGAACGAUUGGACUACAAAGGCCUGUGCUGCCACCCGUUCUUUGCCAAUGUCGACUGGGAUGCCAUCCACAACGCUCACCCUCCUUUCGUGCCGGCCGUCCAGACUGAGGAUGAUACCUCUAAUUUUGAUGCCUGGGAGACGGACGCCGGGAUCGCCGCUUCGCCUCUCAGCCAGCUGAGCCCCGCAGCUUCCCCCGGAGGAGGAGGAGGAGAAGCGUUGCCGUUCGUGGGGUUCUCCUUCAUCAAGGCGCUCGCCGUCCUCCGGUCAGAGUCUACUUUGCGUCCGGAUUCUCCCGCGAAGAUUAGCUCCAUGGAAAAGAAACUCCUUUUUAAGAGCAAAGAGCUGCAAGGCACUCAGGAUAAGUGUCACAAGAUGGAGCAGGAAAUGACGCGCUUGCAUCGGAGAGUGUCGGAGGUGGAGGCUGUGCUCAGCCAAAAGGAGGUGGAACUGAAAGCCUCUGAGACCCAGCGCUCCCUGCUUGAACAAGACCUGGCUACCUACAUCACAGAAUGCAGUAGCUUAAAGAGAAGCCUGGAACAGGCUCGGAUGGAAGUUUCUCAAGAGGACGACAAGGCACUGCAGCUCCUUCACGAUAUAAGAGAACAGAGUCGCAAGUUGCAGGAAAUCAAAGAACAGGAGUACCAAGCUCAAGUGGAAGAAAUGAGGUUGAUGAUGAAUCAGCUAGAAGAAGACCUUAUUUCUGCUCGCAGACGCAGCGAUCUCUACGAAUCGGAGCUGAGGGAAUCUCGACUGGCGGCAGAAGACUUCAAGCGAAAAGCCACUGAGUGUCAUAACCGGCUCCAGAAAGUUGUUAAGGUUAAAGACCAAGGAAAAACAGAAGUAGGAGAGCUGUAUUCCAAGCUGGAGAAGAUCAAUGCAGAUCAACAGGUGAAAAUCCAGGAGCUCCAAGAGAAGCUGACAAAGGAAAGACGCCAUUCUCUGGAAAACCAAGUGAAGCGUCUGGAGACGGUGGAGCGGCGAGAGAACCGCCUGAAAGAAGAUAUCCAGACAAAAUCUCAGCAAAUCCAGCAGAUGGCUGAUAAAAUUCUGGAACUGGAAGAGAAACACCGGGAAGCUCAGUUGGCGGCCCAACACCUGGAGUUGCACCUGAAGCAGAAAGAACAAAUGUAUGAAGAAAGGCUCAAAGUGCUUGAUAACCAGAUGAAGAAAGACUUGGGAGACAAAGACGCUCUGGAAAACAUGCUGAGGAAGCACGAGGAGGAGGCUCACGAAAAGUGCAAAAUCCUCGCCGAGCAGAAAGCGAUGAUCAAUGCCAUGGAUUCGAAGAUCAGAUCUCUGGAGCAGAGAAUAGUGGAACUGUCUGAAGCUAACAAGCUGGCAGCCAACAGCAGCCUCUUCACUCAGAGGAACAUGAAAGCCCAAGAAGAGAUGAUUUCUGAGCUCAGGCAGCAGAAAUUUUAUCUGGAAACCCAGGCCGGGAAAUUAGAAGCGCACAACAAUAAACUGGAGGAACAAUUGGAAAAAAUCAGCCAUCAGGAUCAUGCCGACAAGACUCGCCUCCUGGAGUUGGAGACGAGGUUACGAGAGGUUAGCCUUGAACACGAAGAACAAAAACUGGAGCUGAAGCGACAGCUUACUGAAUUGCAGCUCACCCUCCAGGAGAGGGAAUCUCAGAUUUCUGGGUUGCAAGCGGCCAGGGCAGCCCUGGAAAGUCAACUCCGGGAAGCGAAAACCGAAUUGGAGGAGACCACGGCUGAAGCGGAAGAAGAGAUCCAAGCGCUGACGGCACAUAGAGAUGAAAUCCAGCGUAAAUUUGAAGCCCUUCGUAAUAGCUGCACAGUGAUUACGGAUCUGGAAGAGCAGCUGAACCAGCUGACCGAGGAUAACGCUGAGCUGAACAACCAGAACUUCUUCCUCUCCAAGCAGUUAGACGAAGCUUCCGGGGCAAACAACGAGGUGGUUCAGUUGCGGAGCGAGGUUGACCAUCUCCGUCGCGAGAUAACGGAACGGGAGAUGCAACUCACCAGUCAAAAGCAAACCAUGGAGGCCUUAAAGACCACCUGUACCAUGCUGGAGGAGCAAGUGAUGGAUCUGGAGGCCCUGAACGAUGAGCUCUUGGAGAAGGAGCGCCAGUGGGAGGCGUGGAGAAGUGUUCUGGGAGAUGAGAAGAGCCAGUUUGAGUGCCGGGUGCGGGAACUCCAGCGAAUGUUGGAUACAGAGAAGCAAAGCAGGGUGCGAGCCGACCAGCGCAUCACGGAAUCCCGCCAAGUGGUGGAGCUUGCGGUUAAAGAACAUAAAGCGGAGAUCUUGGCUCUCCAACAAGCAUUAAAGGAACAAAAGCUCAAAGCUGAGAGUCUCUCCGACAAGCUGAAUGACUUGGAGAAGAAGCAUACCAUGCUGGAGAUGAACGCCCGGAGCCUGCAGCAGAAGCUUGAAACGGAACGUGAACUCAAGCAGAGGCUUCUGGAGGAGCAAGCCAAGCUGCAGCAGCAGAUGGAUUUGCAGAAGAACCACAUCUUUCGGCUGACUCAAGGCCUGCAAGAGGCUUUGGACCGGGCCGACCUUUUGAAGACCGAAAGGAGCGACCUGGAAUACCAGCUGGAAAACAUUCAGGUCCUGUAUUCCCACGAAAAAGUGAAGAUGGAAGGCACUAUUUCCCAACAAACCAAGCUUAUAGAUUUCCUCCAAGCGAAGAUGGAUCAGCCAGCCAAGAAGAAAAAGGGCCUGUUUAGUCGACGGAAAGAGGACCCUUCUUUGCCCACACAGGUUCCUCUGCAGUACAAUGAGCUGAAGGUGGCCUUGGAGAAGGAGAAGGCCCGCUCAGCGGAGCUGGAGGAAGCCCUGCAGAAAACCCGCAUCGAACUCCGAUCCGCCCGGGAGGAAGCUGCCCAUAGGAAAAUUACAGACCACCCUCACCCUGCCACGCCUGCCACGGCCAGGCAGCAGAUCAUCAUGUCUGCCAUAGUUCGCUCACCAGAACACCAGCCCACGCCCAUCAGCCUGCUGGCACCUCCCUCCAGCCGCCGAAAGGAGGCCUCCACGCCAGAGGAGUUUAACCGUCGCCUGAAAGAGCGGAUGCAUCACAAUAUCCCUCACCGCUUCAACGUGGGACUGAACAUGAGAGCAACCAAAUGUGCCGUUUGCUUGGACACUGUGCACUUUGGACGCCAGGCUUCGAAAUGUCUUGAAUGCCAAAUGAUGUGCCAUCCCAAAUGUUCUGCCUGCUUGCCGGCCACUUGCGGCUUGCCGGCUGAGUACGCCGCCCACUUCUCCGAAGCCUUCUGCCGGGAUAAAUUGAAUUCCCCAGGCCUGCAGCUAAAAGAACCUGGCAGCGCUUUACGGCUGGAAGGAUGGAUGAAGGUGCCCAGAAAUAACAAACGUGGCCAGCAAGGCUGGGAUAGGAAAUACGUAGUUCUAGAAGGAACUAAAGUCCUCGUUUACGACACAGAAACGAGAGAAGCUGGACAACGGCCCGUGGAAGAGUUUGAAUUGUGCCUUCCAGAUGGAGACGUUACUGUCCACGGGGCCGUGGGAGCGACCGAGCUUCUAAGUACAGCCAAGACAGACGUGCCAUAUAUAUUGAAGCUGGAAUCUCAUCCCCACACCACCUGUUGGCCUGGCCGGACUCUCUAUUUGCUGGCGCCCACUUUCCCAGAUAAGCAGCGUUGGGUGAAUGCCCUGGAAUCUACGGUGGCUGGAGGAAGAGUUUCCAGAGAAAAGGCAGAAGCCGAUGCUAAACUCCUUGGAAAUUCUCUCUUGAAGCUGGAAGGAGAAGACCGGUUGGAUAUCAACUGCACUUUACCCUUCAGCGAUCAGGUGGUCCUGGUGGGGGCCGAGGAAGGACUUUACGCCCUGAACGUGCUAAAAAAUUCCUUAACGCAUGUGCCCGGGAUUGGAGCCGUCUUUCAAAUCCACCUCAUCAAGGACCUGGAGAAGCUGCUCAUGAUUUCAGGAGACGAAAGGGCGUUGUGCCUUGUGGAUGUGAAAAAAGUGAAGCAGUCCCUCGCUCAGUCCCACCUCCCAGCUCAACCUGAUGUCUCCCCCAAUAUUUUUGAGGCUGUGAAAGGCUGCCAUCUUUUUGCGGCUGGCAAGAUCGACAACGGGUUGUGCAUCUGCGCGGCCAUGCCCAGCAAAGUCGUGGUGUUGCGUUACAACGAGAGCCUCAGCAAGUACUGCAUCAGGAAGGAGAUCGAAACCUCGGAACCCUGCAGCUGUAUCCAUUUCACCAAUUACAGCAUCAUCGUGGGGACCAAUAAGUUCUACGAAAUUGAGAUGAAGCAGUACACCCUAGAAGAAUUCCUGGAUAAGAAUGACCACACCUUGGCAUCCGCUGUCCUUGCAUCUUCCAACAAUAGUUUCCCAAUCAGCAUCAUCCAGGUGAACCCAGCAGGGCAGAGGGAAGAGUAUCUGCUUUGCUUCCAUGAAUUUGGGAUUUUUGUAGACUCCUAUGGAAGGCGCAGCCGCUCAGACGACCUGAAAUGGAGCCGCCUGCCUUUGGCAUUUGCCUAUCGGGAACCAUACCUGUUUGUGACUCACUUCAACUCCCUGGAGGUGAUAGAAAUUCAAGUACGCGCCUCUCUCGGCAUCCCAGCCCGAGCCCACCUGGACAUCCCGAGCCCUCGUUACCUGGGCCCGGCCAUCUCCUCCGGAGCCAUUUACCUGGCCUCUUCCUACCAGGACAAACUGAGAGUCAUUUGCUGCAAAGGGAAUUUGGUGAAAGAAUCCAACAACGAGCAUCAUCGGGGCUCUUCCACCACCCGCAGCAGCCCAAACAAGAGGGGCCCGCCCACGUAUAACGAGCACAUAACCAAGCGGGUAGCGUCGAGCCCGGGGCCUCCCGAAGGUCCCGGCCACCCUCGCGAGCCAAGCACACCGCACCGCUACCGAGAAGGAAGGACAGAGCUACGGAGGGACAAGUCCCCGGGACGCCCCCUGGAGAGGGAGAAAUCCCCGGGAAGGGUGCUCAGCACCCGCCGAGAAAGGUCCCCCGGGAGACUGUUUGAGGAGAGCAGCAGGGGACGAAUACAAGUGGGGGGCGCCCGGACCCCCCUCGCCCAGGUCAACAAGGUCUGGGACCAAUCUUCAGUAUAAGCGACACAAGCCUCCACCCUCCGACCCUGAACUCCAAGGAAGAACACAAAAACUAUCCAGAAUUAGGUGCAACAC